CUUCCAUAUCAACCAGCACCGUUUCACCAAUCACUUCUUCUUCCAUAGUCACCUUCAUUUUCUCCAUAGUGACAUUCAUCAGUCGACUACCAUCACCGCAGUCACCACCACCUCAACCACCACUAAAAGGUAAAUUAAUUGGUUUAAAAAGAAAAAAAUUAUUGGUCACCGGAAAUCUAUGAUCGCCUUUCGGGAGUGAUGACGCUCAAACCAGUAGAGAGAAAAGUCAAGCACAGCUUUGAGAUGAGCCAGCGUGUUCCAUACUGCCACAUCGAUGAUAGUCCGGCGGCCACCGUCGGCUCCACAAAAGCUGCAUAUAUCCCCAUGCUAAACUACGAGGUAGCCGAGCUGACGUGGGAAAACGGACAACUGGGGUUGAACAGCUUAGGUCCAACGCAAGUGCCUGCUCCAUCAAAGAAUUUAAGAGGCGCCGGUGGAACAUUGGAGUCGAUAGUAGACCAAGCUACUCGCUUUCCUAACCCUAAGCCCACCGAUGAGCUCGUCCCAUGGUUCCACCACCGCUCUUCCAGGGCCGGCUUGGAUGCGCUUGUCCCCGAGCAGCAGAGCCAGCCAGACACCCACGUGGACUCGUGUAGCAAUGGUCAUCCCAUGGCUGGUGGAAAACGAGCCAGAGUGGCCUCAGAGUGGAGCACCGGCGGGAGCCAAAACCUAACGUUUGAAACAUACGGUUUCACCUCAACAUCGCUGGAUGAUAAUUCCAGCUCCGGCGGGAAGCCUUGCACCAAAACCACGACCAUUUACGAUCAUGACUCCGUCUGCCACAGUCGCCGACAGAUGGAGGAAGAAGAAGAGAAGCAAGCGGGAGGAAAAUCACCAGUUCCAACUAAGAGAAGCAGAGCCGCUGCUAUUCAUAACCAAACCGAACGAAAGAGGAGAGAUAAGAUCAAUCAAAGGAUGAAGACUUUGCAGAAACUGGUUCCAAAUUCCAGCAAGACGGAUAAAGCGUCGAUGUUGGAUGAAGUGAUAGAGUACUUGAAGCAACUUCAAGCACAAGUGAGCAUGAUGUGCAGAAUGAACCUGCCUUCCAUGAUGCUUCCCAUGGCCAUGCAGCAGCAGCAACAACAACUUCAACUCUCUCUCAUGUCCAGUUCCAUGGGUUUAGGGCUUGGCAUGGGGAUGCCCGCUCUAGGUCUUCUCGACCUUAAUUCUAUGAAUCGAGCUGCUGCAACGGCUCCUAAUAUCCAUGCCAACAUGAUGCCGAACCCAUUUGUUCCCAUGACUUCUCCACCGUGGGAUGCCUCCUCUUCUACCGACACUCUAUUUCAGUCUCCUCUUACCCACGAUACUAUGCCAGCCUUUCUUUCAUGUUCCUCGCAGGUUAUACAACUCUUUGUUAUUAUAUAUAACUUGAUGCUUCAUUCUUGUCUGAAUCUAAAUAAUUUUUUCCCAAUUGCAGCAAACGACGAUGGAAGCAUAUAGCAGGAUGGCGGCAUUAUAUCAGCAAAUGCAGCAACAGAUACCUCCUCCUUCAAGUCCAAAAUAAUUAUAUUAUCUAAGUUUAAGUCUACAUAUGUAUUGCAGAUCUUCACCAUACAUAUUCCAUUGUAUUUUAUAUGUUUAGGGCCUAUAGGCUACACAUGAACUUUAUAUGAUAUACUUUCAAAAAAGGCCUGGUUGUAAUUAUAUUUCGUCCCAAAAAUGAUAAUUAUAUUUGAGUGAA